AUGGCUGUUUUCUAUCUUAUUUGCCUACUUCUUUUCCAACCAGCGGCAUAUCAAAGCCUAAAGAGCCUUGCCGAGUACUUUUCUUCUCUUUCGUUGAUCAAAUGCCCUGUUUGCUGUGACGACUCCGGUCCCUUCCAGAAUUGGACUCGUUACCACGCCGUGGAUCAGCUUACGACUUGCGACAAGCCACCACAUCUCAGCUUUGCGUUCAGCUCACCAAGACCCAACGUUGACAACCAGGAAAAUAUCACCACACCUUUCGUGGUCCUCAGUUGCUCCACCAAUAAAGGCUUGACCAAAAAAGGCGCCAAGAACAGCACCGCCAACAUCGAGGUAUUCUCAGAAUCUGUUUCGGACCUUCAAAUUUCUGGCCAGAAGUUCGCAGUCAUCAGAGAGAUCCAGGCAUCUCUUCUCUUCAACACCAGCGCAGCAACGGAGCAAUUUGACGGCAGCAUUAGACUUGUGGUCAAUUAUGGAGACACCACAUUGGGUGUGUAUAUUGGGGGAGGACUUGACAUGAAGGGGGAGGCUCUCUUUCAGCUAGAAGAGUUCAUAGCUCUCGUCCAGGACCGCGACGACAACACAUUGACUGGUCUCCAGCUUCGUGGGGCUAACCGCACCGCACAAUACACCAUGGGAGUCUUUCUCGACACCACCGCUGAUGUGGCACUGAGGCUCUUCAGGGUACAGCAUGCACUCGAGGCCUGGUCCUUGUCACAUUGUGUCGUGGGACUUGGUCAACGGGAGUCACUCAAGCCUUCCACAUUUUGGCUGCGUGAGCCCAGUAGAACAGCCCUUCUCAAUGGUACCAACAGCAUCGGCAACUGGACGACGCCCGUUUCACCAUUCAAUCGCGCUAUGGCAAAGACAUCAUCUCAUGUGGCCGAGUGCCGGACGAUCCAAGUUGCCUCCGGCGAUAGCUGCGCAUCUCUGGCCCAAAAGUGCGGGCUGAAGAACGCCAACGACAUCACCAAGUUCAAAUCCACAGAAGCACUUUUGUGCCACACUCCGUCCAAGUCAGCACACUUGCUGCUCGGCUGGUACACUGCCCGACGUUCGACCAAAGCCUACGCCUGA